CAUUUCCAACCGGGGAUAGCCGUGGCCGUCACCAUCGUCCGUCAGUAUCGAGGCGGACUAGCGUCGUCGUCGCCGUGUCGCUGCUAGUGGUCGCCAUCACUCCGCCGCUCACCGCCUGCCCGCCACACCCGAUUCUGCGCUGGCGUCUCCCAAGAACGAGACCGCUCCGCUCCGCUGCUGUUCUGGAUGCUCCGCCGUUCGGCCUUGGAGUGCGACGGUCGGCCCUCGGCUGGCCGCCGAUGCCGCGACAGCGACGGGGUGGUGCUGCUGGGCGCAGUUGGCGGGUCGGACAACCCGCCGCUGCUGCUUUCUGCUUCCCGCGCCUCCGAUGGGCGUUCGUCGCGCGGGAUGCGGUCGUCGGAGCGAGUGAACCGCUGAGCCUGUGGCGUCUGCGCGCUGCACCCUACGACGACGAGUCUUCUGGAAUCCAUUUCCGAGCACUCGUCUCGCCGUCGGCCGUCCGCCUGAUCACUCUGCGCAAUCGCGCACCACCCCGUCGUAGCCUCUCCGUCGUCUCAUCAGCUGCUCGCCCUCUUCGCACUGCCACUGCUCGCCCUCUUCGCACUGCCACUGCUCGCGCACCAGUCGCCUCCCCGCCAUGGCUGCCCGCCACCGCUACCCUCCCGCGCGCCCCCUGUCGUGCUUCGCGUCCUUCGCGUCGCCCACGCCCUCGCUCACCGCGCUCGUCCCCGCCUCCGACCCCGCGCCCCCCGCCGAGGACGCCUCCCCCUGCGCCUCGGACACCAUGCCUGGCGCGGAUGGCCAUAAUAGCGGGGAUGCGCAUAGCAAGGACGGCAGCGAUGAUGCUGAGCACGCGGGAUGGAGCGGAGGGCGGAAAGGGGGCGCGGCGGGCAUGUGCGAGGAGUAUGUGGCGGCGUGCGCUGCAGUGAUGCGGCGCAGCGAGGACGCCCGUGCCCAAGGCCAUGGCCCCCAUGACGCCCCGUCCGUCUCCGCCGCCAUGGCUGCUGCCUCCGCUGCCGCCAUGGCCGCCGUCUCCCCUGCCUCCUCCGUCUCCCCUGCCUCGGCUGUCUCUCCCUCCCAGCCGUGGAUUGAGCUAGCUGCCAGUGACGUCACCACGGACAUCAGCAGUGACGUCAGCACGGAGAUAUGCAGCGGCAUGGGCGGCGGGGGGAGGCGUGCAUUCGGGUCGCCCAUCGGGCCCUCCCCUGCCGCCGCCGCUGCUGCUGCCGUGUGUAGGCGCGACGGCAGCGAUGAUGCUGCAUGGUGGGAUGGCGGGGCGGGGGAUGGCGGGUGGGUGACGCAGCAGUACCAUCUGCAGACCGUCGACCUCACCUACACACCCCCCGGGGGUCGCACCAUUCUGCACCGGGUCAGUGUGGCGGCUCAUCCCGGGCAGCUGCUGGCGCUGGCGGGGCCCUCGGGCAGUGGAAAAACCUCCCUGUUGGACGCCAUUGGCUGCCGCAUCCACCCGGGCAGCCUGUCCGGCUCCAUCCUGGUCAAUGGCCGCCCCAUGCCGCCCAGCUUCCGCAAGCACUCCGCCUACGUGCUGCAGGAUGACGCGCUUUUCGCUUUGCUCUCUGUGCGCGAGACGCUGGACUUCGCGGCCCGUCUGCGCCUGCCGUCCACAGUGACGCCUGCGGCGCGGCGGCGGCGCGUGCAGCAGCUGCUGCAGCAGCUGGGGCUCACCUCGUGCGCCGACACGCCCGUGGGGGACGAGCGGCACCGCGGUGUGUCGGGCGGCGAGCGGCGGCGCACGUCGAUAGGCGUGGAGGUGAUCCACAACCCGGCCGUGCUGCUGCUGGACGAACCCACCUCAGGUCUCGACAGCUCUUCAGCACUCAAGGUGGUGCAGCUGCUGCACCACAUGGCUGCUCAGGGCAGGCGCACGGUGGUGCUGACGAUCCACCAGCCGUCGUUCCGCAUCAUCGCCCUGCUGCACGCCCUCGCCCUCCUCGUCAAUGGCGCCCCCGCCUUCCACGGCCCCACGGCCGCCCUGCGCGCCCACCUCGCUGCACUCUCCCACCCCGUGCCCCCGCAUGUGAACCUUCUAGAGUUCGCCCUGGACACGCUGCCCCGCAUCGCCACUGCUCACUGCAAGGGUUCCGCAACACCGCCACACGCCCCACCUGCCGCACCCUCCCUGGGGGCAGCCGCGAAGCACAGGCUCGGGGGGCUGCUGGCCAAAGGCAAGGGGUGCUUUGGGGGCAGGAGGAGCGGGGAGAGCAGUGGGUGCAGCAGUGCAGCGGGCAUGCACACAGGGAGCGCGCAGGUGGGCAGCAAGGGCAAGGCGGUGAAGGAGUGGGAGUACGCCACGAGCGCCCUUUCUGAGACCGUGACUCUCGCGCACCGCUGCUGCGUGGUGCUGCUGCGCAGCCCCGACCUGCUGCUCUCGCGCCUCCUCGUCAUGGUGGCGAUGGGCGUGAUCAUGGGGACGCUCUUCCUGCACGCGGGGUUCGACACGGCGGGGCUGCAGAACCGCUUCGCCGUCACGGGCUUCACCAUCGCGCUCGUCUUCUACAACUCGCUCGACGCCCUCCCUAUCUUCUACCUCGAGCGUGUCAUCUUCGCCCGGGAGACCUCCAGAGGCGCGUACCGCACGGCGCCCUACGUGGCGGCCACUUUUCUCGUCACGCUACCGCUCUUCCUCCUCCUCUCCCUUGCCCUCGCUGCGCCGCUCUACUGGCUCGUGGGGCUCGCGCCCUCCGCAUCCGCCUUCGCGUUGUUUGUGGCCGUGCUGUGGCUGGCGUUUCUCCUGGCCAACGCAUUCGUGACUGUGCUGUCAGCGCUGCUGCCGUCGCACAUGGUGGCGGCCACCAUUGCCAGCUCCUGCUUCUCCUUCUUCCUGCUCUUCAGCGGCUUCUUCUUCAGCAAGGACGCCAUCCCCGGGUACUGGGUGUGGCUGUACCACGUGUCGCUCAUGCGCUACCCCAUGGAGCUGCUGCUGUGGGGCGAGUUCCACCUGGGUCUGGCCGCCGCCUGCUUCUCCACCUUCGCGCCCGCCGCCGGGGUGGGGUACACGGCAUCGGGCAGCAGCCAAGCGUGCGGGCUCACGGGCGCGGCGUACCUGGAUGCGCGGGGCUUCUCGGGCAUCAGCCCGGGGCGCAACGUGGCGGCCAUGGUGGCGUUCAUUGCUGCGCUGCGCGUCGUGCUGUACGUGGCGCUGAGGCGCCAUGCUGCCUCCACCAGAAAGUGACCAUGGCCCCCUUCUGCCGCUGCUGCAGUCGUUUCGCCUCGCGCUUAGAGGGUGUCUGUGGGCAGAAUUUGCUUAGUGUACAGCUUGUGCCAUUUAAAGCGAGGGUCUCAAGAAGUGCGAAACCAAAUCCAAGAGGUUUGGUUUUGGGUUCACGAAUUUAGCGAAACAGUAACAGCGCCCAAGCACCACCCCUCACCACAACUCGCAAUUUUCGACACCCCCCGAAACCAAAACCUUUGGAUUUGGUUUUCUGCUUCUUGAGACCCUCGCUUUAAAGUGUGAAAUAUUGAAUGUCCAUUCCAUUGGAGGACAUGUCAAACAUGUGUAUUUGUCAUGUUUGUAUAGACUGUAUAGGGUAGCCUCUUAGAGGGUACAACACUUAGGUAUAU